ACCGGGAGUUGCUGACUAGCCUGGAAAUUAGGAAUACCAUGCUAAAUGACGCUAACGAGCGGUAAUGUUUGGAGCGCCUCCGUCAGCACCGGUGUUCCGCCGUUGUUUCCUUUCACAAGGGACAUCGCCUGCGCCUGCCAAGGCGACCGUGAUCGCGGAUGCUACGGUUGGGCUGCGGAAAUGUUGUUUUCGCGGUACUGUUCGAUGACGAUUCUGGGGACAGGUGCAUACGACGCGGUCCCAAGCGUCAUACUCUGGAGGAAUGAAUCCUGUCAGCUUAUCUGUGAUAUUCCAGCCCCACACCGUGGCGUGAAACGUAGCCGAACAAAGAGCUGAGGGCUCUCGCGAUCACGUCUGUCUUGCAACGCAGACCAAGUGAUAUUGCAACAAAAAAUUCAACCGUUGAGAUACGAAUGCGACGCAAGCUGCUGCUACACCUACGCGGUUGGACACUAUCGAAUGUAUGACGUCGAGGGGCUGGUACAGCAUGGUCAGAUCGAACGAUUGAAUGGGCAAGACGGUACAAAUCGUUGACAGCGUGCAUGCGAGCUAC